UUGGGCUGAAACACGGCCCCAUUACGGAAGUGGGUGCUUUCAGCCUUAGUAGCUGUGAUAGUCCAGAGAACAAUGUGAAAAGGCCAAAAUAACGGCCUUUGUAGAAUUCCAAAACGACUCUUCCAUCAAGAUAAGGUGUCAAACACGGCAGUCGGAAUGAUUUUGACGGCGCCUUUGUCGUUUUUGUUGGUAAUUCUGUCGGCUGGAGCGUCUAAGAAUGGAGGGGAUGAUGAAUGGGUUCAUCUUCCCAACAAAUGUGAAGUCUGUAAGUUUGUCAGCAUUGAGAUGAAGUCAGCGUUUGAUGAGACGGGAAAGACCAAGGAGGUCAUUGACAGGAACUACCGCUUCAUAGACAGCAAGGGGAUGCCGCCAAUCAAAUAUGUCAAGUCAGACCUCAGAUUCAUUGAAGUUGUGGAGAAUGUGUGUCAGAGGCUGCUGACGUACAAUCUGCACAAGGAGAGGACUGGUAGUAACCGCUUCGCUAAGGGCAUGUCAGAGACCUUCUCCACACUCCAUGGUUUGGUGAACAAAGGAGUGAACGUGGUGAUGGAUAUUCCCUACGAGCUGUGGAAUGAGACUUCAGCAGAAGUUGCUGACCUUAAAAAACAGUGUGAUGUAUUGGUAGAGCAGUAUGAAGAAGUAAUUGAGGACUGGUAUAAAGGAAGUCAGGAAGAGGACCUGACCACUUAUUUAUGCGAGAGACACGUUCUCAAAGGACAGGACACAGCCUGCCUGAAUGAAGACUGGUCUCCAAAUAAGAAGGGAGACCAUGCAGCCAUUGCAGAAGACCAUAACAAAAAAAAAAAGAAAAAGGUGGAAAAGAAGGGUAAGGGCAAGAUUGAAGAGGGAGAUGGCAGCUUGGAGGGAGAGAAGGCAACCAAGAAGAGGAAAGAGAAGAAGCUGAAAAAGAAGAAAAAGAAUAAAUCUCACAUGGAGAAGAUGGAUACAGGGGUGUCGUCAGAUGAGGAGAUCCAGCCUCAUGAGCCUAUUUCUGGGCAGAAGACAGAGCUGUGAUGCUUGGACAAUUUUUUACAAUUUGUCCUAGUAAUUGGUCUGUCUUCAGCAUGUCAAAUUUAAGUCAUUUACUUUGCUAAAUGUUGUUACAGCUGCCAUUUUUUCAGGUUUUAUUGUUUCGAACAUGUAUACGUAUAAGUAUAAGUAAUCAGAGAUGACCUCAAGAUUUAGAACCGGUUUCUUAAACUUUAUUUCAUAUUUACCCCAUGUUAUUUUUGUAAUGGAGACAGACUUUUGAAAUAUUUAUAAGUGAUUCAAUGUCCAUGUCAUUUAUGGUCUAGUUCAGACCUCCUUUAUUAUUAUUUUGCCAGUUAACAUUGGACUGCUUCAUGUUCUCAGAUGUGAUCAUUUGUUGUAUUUAUCAUGUUUAUAUGAUUGGGACCUUGUGACGAAUAUAUGUGAUCACAUAUUGAUACAAUUGCAUAAGAAACAUCAUUAAAUGGCAAUGGUAGUACACAAACCUUUAGGGUGUAAAGCUGUGUGAGUAACAGUACAAUUGAUUUUCUUUUGUUCACAGAUGAAUAUGGCAGUGGAUUGGCGUUCAUAUUGUAUCUCUUAAAAAUUUUUUUUUUUUUUUAUGUUUUUAAUAUCGGCAGAGAAAAAGCAACUGUCGAAAAAGCAACUGAAGAAUUCUUUACUUCGACCAUUUCAGUCAUACCAAAAUAAAAAGGACCAAAAAGAAUUGAGAAAAAGUAAGAAGAAUUUGAAAAAAUAAUUUUAAGAAAAACAUCUAAAUUUUAAUAACUAAUUUCUAAGAUUUUUUUUGAAGAAAGUCAGAAGCUUGUUUUAAUAGAAAGAGAAUUGCAAGAAAAAUAACAUGUUGAAAUUACAUAUGAAGAAAAGAAAAAUCUGUAAAUACUUGCUACAGUGUACAGAAUGGACUGUUUUCACAUCUGUUUUUUUUUUGUUUUGUUUUGUUUUUGCAUAAGUUCCAGCAUAAGUUCCCUUCAAUGACUAAAUGCAACAUUAAGUAUUUUUUUUGAAGUAUUGAUUAUUUGAUAAUUGUGUUGUUUCUAUUUCCUUGUGCUGUACAUUUACUGCGAUUUAUUGUGUGUGUGUGUGUGUGCCAACAAGCUUCUUGAAGCUUGUUGGCUUCCUGAGAUGAAGAUCACGUUUCAUAUGAUUUCUUUCAUUUUCUCAAGUGUGUGUGUGUUUUUACGAGAUUUUUAUUUCUAAUUAAAAAUGCUGGCUGUGUUAUAUUAGCUUUUUGAAACCAUGAGCAGACACAUCCUUGCAUCAAUAAACACAGGUCUGAAAACA